AAGUAAAAAAAAAGUUCUUCAAUUUAAAAUGACACAUUUACAACCUGCCAAAUUCACGUUCAAUGAUCUUAAUGAAUUUAUUACCAAAUCUUUCGAAGAAUUAUGUACCUACGAAGAAAGAUUCAGAAAUCAAAAUGUUAUUGAAAAAUAUACAGCAUAUAUAGAGCAGAAUAAAGAAAACUUACAUAAGUUAUCUUCUGCACUCAUCGCACUUCAGUGCAAUCAACAAUUUUUGGAUAAUGGAAUCUCUUACCUAGACUUCAUAUUAGAAGAAUUAAAUAGAGGGAUAACGUGCUUUGAAAACAAUUAUCAGGGUCCUGAGUAUUUUACUCCCUACGAUGUGGCAAGGAUUGAUCUAUAUAAUUUUAUAUUGUGCGUUGGUGCGAAAAUGGCAAAUAUAAAUGACAUGGUUGACGAACUGAAUUCUAAAGCAAAAGAAAUGAAGAAAAAUGUGAAAAGUAAUCCCACAGAAAAAAUGGUUCAAGUCAUGCUGAAACACCUGAAUCUCUUGGAGGGUAUAAAUGAUAAAAUAUUUUUAUUGCAAGAACAAAUACAGCAGAUAUUAUUUCUGGAAAUGGUAGUAAUGAAACGAUUCAAUCUCAAAUUGAAACCUUGUUGAAAUAUUGAUAAAUAAAAUUUAAUAGUG